AGACAGCACCCUGAGUUGUCAGCAGUUGUCAGUGUGUUCGCGCUAUAAUAAUCUGUUUUUCAUUGCAUAUGUGUGGUGUUUAAUGUCAAAACGGCGUAUUACGCAGGGCGGACUGAUAUCUCACGUGGAGCUCGUGGAAAUGUCAUUCCCGAGGAGUACCUGAGCGCGUUGGCAUCAUGGCGAGUAUCGUCCAGGAAGUAAAGGAGUCCCUGCCCGCGAACAACAAAGUUAUUUCAGGAUAUGCGGCUGCAAGGACGUCGAUUUCCUACGAAGAGAUGGCCACAAAACUCCUCAAUGAAAAACUCCUCUUGACAGCUUUGGAACUGCACGCCGAAUUGUGCGAAGCUGGCAAGGAGCUACCAGUACUACGAGAAUUCUUUUCAAAUCCAAACAACUUUGAGAGCUCCAAUAUUAGACCAGAGCCAUACACUCCAAUGCCCAGAUCUUCUAGUCAGGCUACCUUGGAUUCAUUGGAUAUGACUCGAUACUCAGAAGAUGGAGCCGGCGUUGAUGAACGAGUGGCCAUUCUCGAAUUCGAGUUGCGCAAAGCCAGGGAAAAUAUUUCUGCCCUGCGUGCCAAUUUAACUGUAACAGAAUUGGAGGGAACGCUUAAGGUGCCAGACAAGAACUCGGAGAAGAAUCUGACCCUCGAAUUGCCUAUAAAACCAUAUGAACAGCGAGCACUGAAUUUUCUCAUUAAUGAAUAUCUGCUGAUGAGAUCGUACAAGCUUACCUCGAUCACGUUCAGCGAUGAAUGUGAGGAGCAGGAUUUUGAGGACUGGCAGGAUGUUGGGCUAAAUAUUCCCAAACCUACAGAAUUAUUGCAGAUAUAUCGAGAGUAUAUGAGAGCCAACGGAUACGACAAACCGUCGUCAACCAGCGUUGCUGUGCAAACGGAAUUUGUGGCCGAGGAUGUCGAGGAGCAAAAGAAUGAAUCUCUGGAAAUGACAGAACAGAUUGAAAGAUUGCAGCAGCAAAUUGUGGUUCUGGAGCAAGAGAAAACUGCUCUCCAGGAGGUUAUUUCAUUAAACAAGGAGAAUGUUAUGGAAAAUCCAGUAAAGUCAGGUAGCUGUGGAACUAUCCGUACCAUCAAUUCCAACUCUACGACUCCCGACAAGUUUGAACUGCUCGAGCCAUUACCCAAGGACAUGUCAACCACUACUCAAGAACCAGAAGAAGAUGAUAGCGCUUCUGUAGUAGUUAGCCUAGAAGAAACAGAUCCAGGAGACAAAGAAUGGACCAGACUGCAAUUACCCAGAGUAAAUAUUACAGAGAAAUCCUCCGUCCUACCAACCACAUCCUCCAGAGAUUUGCCGAUUAAAUUCAAGUCGGAAAUAGCAACACACUGCACGGCGAGUGUUUCGGAAUUGUUAAUAUCCUCGGUGGAAGAAUCAUUGAAGCACGGAAUUACUCGGGAUACGCUAGUUGAUAUUUUAACGCAUACUUUACCACGUGUAGUACCCAACAUUAUCCUUAAUAAGCGUGAGGAAAUCAUUCCUCUGAUCCUUAGUGCAAUCCAUCUUCAUUCUAAUUCCAGCGAGAGGGAGAAGUUGCUGCAGCUACUAUUCAACUUAAAAAAGAGGCCGCAAGAGGAUGAACGGCAAAUGAUAUUGGCCGGAUUAAUCAUAAUGGCGAAGCUUGCAAAACAGCCACAGGAAACGGAAGAAAUCCUAACAAUUUGUUGGGAACAAAGUCAACACAAAUAUCCGGAGAGAAGAUUAUUAGCUGUCGAAUGUUGUUCUGUGUUGGCGUCCUAUACAUCGGCUUCCAUCAGAAACUCGCUGAUGCUGUCAAUGUUACAACAGAUGUUAUUGGAAGACAAGGAUCCUGUUGUACGAAUUAGUGUAGUGAGAAGCCUUGCACUACUUAUAGCUUUGAUGGAUGAUCCUGAUAAAUACUUUCAAUGUGAAGAACUGGUAUUAACGGCGCUCCACGACACGUCAUCGAUAGUCUUUGAGACAGCGUCGUCAGUAUUGUUACCGGUUUUGGCACAAUGGGCAUUAUCCCUGAGGAGGUUGCAUUUGAACCUGCUACCGCGCAUAAUCUCAAAAGUUAAAAACCAGCUAAAACCUCAGAUGUUACCGAACAAAGAUUACGUCGACGAAGAGAAAUUAACACCAUCGAUCAGUAUUCUAGAAUGCAUCUUACCUUACACUAUCUUGUGUGUUGCCAAUACCGACACGGUGCGAGCUUCCAUCAAGGAUGACACAUCAGCAGAUUUGUCCGAGGAAUUUCUGGCGUUGUGUCAUUCCAAUAUUAUCGACCCAAGAAUAUUCUACGAGGAUUCUGUCAACGUCGGAGUUCUUCUCAACACCUUCUUCUCCAAAUCAUGGGAAGACGCAUCCUGGCCAGAAUUAGAGUGGUUCACGAACAAAUUAAUAUUUGAUGUUUUGGACAUGGUAAAGUCUGUGGAUGCAACUCAGGAAAACGUUUUAAAAAUCCUUCUUACAUAUAUUCAUUCGUUGUGUAUGGGAUUUGGAAAAUAUAUCACACAAUCCAGGAUACAGACAGUAUUUUCCACAGAGGUAUCAGAACUUGAAAAGCAAUUGACGGCACUAUCGGCGGACAAGAUAAAUAUAAGCCUUGCGUUGAUCCCUAGUUACUUGGUGAUUCUGAGUACUCUCGAUUCCACAGAACUCGCAAACUAUUUUAAACAAUUCCUCGUAAUUUUAUCUAUGAGUGGCACUAGUAUAUUUUGGCUGCAAAUCUCCAUGAGUAUAUUAUGCGUCUGUGAACAAACACAAGAAUACGUGCUUGCUAGUUUAUGGGAUGGUGUAGUGCAUCAAAGAUCAUCUGUAAGAUGUGCAACAGCAACAUUAUUUGAUUCCAUUAUUGCACUUGUCUCGGAUCGAUUAGCGAAUGCCAAGAUUGUACCAGCUAUUGUAACACUCGCCAGCGAUCCUGAAGUUGGCGUGCGUUGCGCUGCAAUCUCCACACUAGGUCGUAUAAUAACGGAAUGCAAAGUCAAGGAAGCGCGCGAUAAAGCACGUUUAACAUUGGAAACGAUCGCGAAGGAUCCUCAAGACUUCUCUCAAAUUUUAGCUACUUCAUUGGUAUCCACGUUCGCAGUCAUUGCUCCUACUUGUCCACAGAAUUAUAUAGAAGACAUAAUAGCGACGUACUUGUCAACAAUUGCUUCGUUCGCGCUUCAACAGAGCCGUAAGCUCGAAUUAGUAAACGCGCUGGUGGAGGCGUAUUCUGUGCUGGUUUAUUGCCCGUUAAGUAGUCAAUGCGUUUCCGGAAUAGUGCUACCGGGGCUAAAGCAUCUAGAGACGCUAGUAAAUCAGUGCCUGCCUCAGCAAAAAGAUGCUGUACGUUCCUUGCUCAGAGAAGUGGAGUCUAAGCAGGAUUUACCAAAGCCGAUAGACAGAACACUCUCGACGAGUUCCGGACUUUCUCUAUCGAUGGCGACAGUAAAUGUUGGCCAAGGUGUCGAAGACAUGCGCCAGAGGAUGAGUAAAAUCUUUCAACCUAAAACUGGAUCACCAGGCAUGCCGAGUAUUUUCCGUAAGAAAUAAGCUCCGCACAGCAGUCAUGAGGAGAAGCGGCCACGUCGAAAAGACUCACAAGAGCAAUCAAGGUUGUUGUUAGAUAUAAAUAAUGUUUUAACAAAUGUUAACUUAUUUUUUUAUUGCACUAGCUCUGUAAGUAACGUGUAAAUUAUUUUGUUUAAAUAUUAACGAGAAGAAUUUGGAGAUAAAGAGUACGAGUAUUUUUCACGUUUAACAAAA